CGAGACUGUUAAGGCAGUUUUUAAUUUAUAUAUACUGCAGCUGCAAUUCUCUUUUCUUCCUUUCACUUUUCAACAACAAAGAGUCUUUUUUUUUCCUUUCAUCACGAUGAAUAUAUUGCAUAUAAUCUUUUCUAAUUUCAUCCCAAGCGUCUAUACACCAGAUGGUCUUCGUCAAUACCAACUCACUCUUUUAGGAUUCAUCGUCAUCUAUGGACUUUUACAUCUCUCAUUGUUUAUGGAUGGUCUAGUCUCUCAUCUCUUUUUUGUACCAGAAAUCGCCACAGCACUACACUAUGCCUUCUUCCCUGUUCAAUAUUCCCUACGUCCCCUCUCAGCUCUCAGACGUCGAUUCUAUAUCUUGAACUUGAUGGUCAUUUUUUGGCUUCUUCAACCAUUUUUGCAAUUGAACUCUAUGGAUUUCCUGACUUCAAUAUUAACAACAAUAACAACAAAAGUAUCACCAUCAUCAGUAGCAACAGGAACGGAAAGACCUUCAUCUCUCUUCGAUACCCGUGAGAACUUGACACUCUAUGUCAGCAAGACUUUGAACCAGAUUCAGAUUGAAAAGAUUUUGAGUGAAGGAGGCAAGGUGGAGGAAGGGUUUAAAGAACAGAGCGCCUAUGCAGCUCAGUUGGCGGUGGCGAUGCAAUGUCUUGGAUGGUUCAGUGUCCUGAUCGCAGUCUUCAUCCUAAUCGAGUCCUUGUUUGUGUGGUACAAGUGUCAACAGAUUGAAAAACUAGAGCUCUCCUCUGCUGAACGUGAAAAGCAAGAAACAUUAGAAACAUUGAAGACUGCUGCUGCUGCUGCAGCACAGCAGGCUGCAUCGGCAGCUGCAUCGGCAUCUGCCGCAACAGCCGAAGCAGUGGCAGCGUCGGAAAAAGUCAAGAAAAGUUAGAAUUUUUUCUGACACGAAUAAAUGUUGUAAACG